GCCGCGGCGCGCCCGCCCCCCGCGCCGAUGUAAAUUAUUAAAAAGAAAAUGGCCCAACGGAGCACUGCAUUUCCUUCUCUCGUCACUGAGGAAAGGUAUAAUAUAUGGAAAAUAUGCAUCUAAGGCGAGUUAGAACCAUGCCCCGACACAGCCAGUCCCUGACCAUGGCACCCUACUCAUCUGUAAGCCUCGUGGAACAACUGGAAGAUAGGAUCCUCUGUCACGAGAAGACAACCGCGGCCCUUGUGGAGCACGCCUUCCGGAUUAAGGACGACAUUGUUAGCAGUUUGCAGAAAAUGCAGAACAAAGGGGGCGGCGACCGCUUGGCCAGGCUCUUCUUGGAGGAGCACAUCAGAAACAUAACUGCCAUUGUGAAGCAGCUCAAUCGGGAUAUCGAGGUACUGCAGGAGCAGAUCCGGGCCCGGGACAACAUCAGCUACGGAACGAAUUCCGCCUUAAAGACCUUGGAGAUGCGUCAGCUCUCGGGUUUGGGAGACCUGCGGGGAAGAGUGGCAAGAUGUGACGCCAGCAUAGCCAGACUCUCUGCAGAGCACAAAACAACUUACGAGGGGCUCCAGCACUUGAACAAAGAACAGCAAGCUGCCAAACUUAUCUUGGAAACAAAAAUCAAAGAUGCAGAGGGACAGAUUUCUCAGCUUUUGAACAGAGUGGACUUGUCGAUAUCAGAGCAAAGCACCAAACUGAAGAUGUCCCACAGAGACAGUAACCACCAGCUUCAACUUCUGGAUACAAAAUUUAAAGGUACGAUUGAGGAACUCAGUAAUGAGAUUUUAUCUGCACGGAAUUGGUUGCAACAGGAACAAGAACGGAUAGAGAAAGAACUUUUACAGAAAAUUGAUCAGCUUUCCUUGGUCGUUAAGGAAAACAGUGGAGCCAGUGAAAGGGACAUGGAGAAGAAGCUCAGCCAGAUGUCAGCCAGACUUGACAAAAUAGAAGAAAGUCAGAAGAAGAAUAUGGAAGUGCAGAGAACAAAACAGGAAGAAGAGAAAGUGCAUGGGCGCAUCAGCAAGCUGGAGUUACAGAUGAAUGAGGACAUGAAGGAAAUGAAAGCAGAAGUUGAUGCUGGGUUUACGGCCAUCUAUGAAAGCAUAGGAUCCCUCAGGCAAGUUCUUGAAGCCAAGAUGAAGUUGGACAAGGACCAGCUACAGAAGCAAAUCCAGCAGAUGCAGAAGCCAGAGCCCCCCAUGUGAGGGGAGCUGGGACAAGGACCUCAGAAGUGGUUUUGCUGGUGGGGCGAGAGCCAGGUGCCGCCGUGGCCAGGCGGUCACUGCCUUCAGAAGUGUUCUAUUCAUGGCGUGCAUGUGCCAAGCAAUGUGUUUUCAUGGGUCUAAAUGUUUACCUUAAGUCUCGAAAACACUUCCUUUAAAAGUAUUAAGUACAAUUUUUGCCACUCUAUUUCAUUUCUCUAAAUUCAAUGGAAUAUCCUCCCAGCCCCUAGAUUUGGAAAGGCUUUUGUCCCUCUUCAUUUUAUGAAUGAAAAGACUUAACGACUUUCCUUCAAUGCUUGACGCUCUAGCCAAGACUUUACUAUUUUGAAAAAUGUCAUGGUGAUUUUUUUUUUUAAUUAAGAAACUAAUGAAUUGUCACAGGAAUGUAUUAGCUCCUCACCCUAAAUUAAGAGAAUGUCCUGGUAGAUUAGAAUUCAACCCUUUAGUCCAUAUUUGGAUUUUAUUAAUGUUAUCUGUGCAUUUCUUACAUGGUUUCCUUCUUGUAAAUCUUCUGUCUUUUGUAGGGAGAAGGGAUUUAAUUUUUGGAGAACCACCCCCCCCACACCACCAUUUAUGUAAUGAAGAUAGCUUAAAGAUUGAUAACUGCCAUAUACAUUGCAAAUUAAAAUGGAAACUUAAGACAAUUAUCUAGCUAAUACAAGGCACAAUAUCCACAUCGACCACCUACUUAUACCAGGUUUUAAUAUUGGAAACUUUUUUCAAUUGCCUACAGCCUGUAUAGUGAUAGCCAUAUAUUUAGUAAUGGAAUGGUGGUUAAUAGUCUGUUUAUUGCGCAAUUAAUUGUAAAUCAUAAUAGGAUGUGAGAAUUUUUCAGGCUUUAUGAUCUCCUCUAAAUGUUUCCAAAAUUGGCACAAAGUGCUAACUAAGGUUUAUAUAUACUUCUUGUAACUGUAUCCUGUGCCUUGGUUUUACCACGUCAAUGCACUGUAUCCUCUAAAAGUUUUACAGACAAAAUAGAAGGCAUGAUAAUACAUCAGAAUUAUGAUGUAAAAAUGGGAUCCUAUGUAAUUUUUAAAUGUUCUAAAAAUUUUAUCACUGUUAAGACAUUAGUUGUUCAGUAUUAUUAAUGAAAUAGAAAUUCAUACUUUUGUAUGGACAGAGAAUCAAAUUGAUAUUGCAUUUAUAACACUGUCAAGAAACUUUCAUUUUGAGCAGCUUUGUAGAUGAUGGGUGUUUUCUUUUCAAUCGCCAUAUUUGAUUAGUCAUUGAAAAUUGGCGCCAGUGAAAUUGUUCACCUGUGUUCGUACAAACCAAUGGUGAGACACACACUGUUCUAAACUGUGAGGGUGCCCAGGAAAAAGAAAACAAUUCUUUAAAGAAUUUUUUAAAAAAUUGUUUUUGUUUGCCAAGGACUCAGGAAAAUUAAAGUAUUUUCUAUUUUUAGGAUAAAUCAUAAAUGAAACAUGUAACUGGCUAUUACUGUUUACCCAUAUAAAAUAUGCUGCUAAAGUAAUAGUAUUUUACAACUUCAGUGGCAGGACAAAAAUUCUUUUAAAAUUUGGACCUGAGAAAUCCUAUAAGGAAUAUGUCAUCCAACACGUAGUUCCUUAACUUUGUCACAAUUCCUUGCAUCUCUAUAUAGGAAGAUGAUUUCCACUUAACAGUGAAAAAACAAAGGGGAAUGCUCUUUUGCAAUCAGAAAGUGAAUUUCAUUUUGUGACAGAGUAAGCACAUCUGGUACCGUUUUCCCUGUUGAAGCACAAGCCACAGCGCCGAGCAUUACACCCCUUCCCUCUUCCGUGGUCCCGGGAGGAGGAAGGGUCCGCACGUGGGCCGCCUGGGGAGAGGGGGCUGGGGGCCAGCUGGCCUCAGGUGGAGGGCUGACGUAUACAGGUGACGGCUGGCUGUCUGCUGAGAUUGCUCAGGUGCUCCCGAUGCUGCUCACCUCCUGUCAGGAGUUCUGGCAGGGGUUCUCCAGCCUGGCAACGUGCUGGAAUGCCCCAGGGAGCUCGCAGAGCUACGGAUGCCCGGGCUGCCCCCUCGGCCAGCAGAGCCGCAACCUCUGGGAGGUGGGACCCAGGCAUCCAUAGGCAUCCAAGGCCCUCCGGGGAUUCGGAGGCCACUGAGGCUGGAAGGCACUGAGCCCCAGUGGACUCUUAGGACCAAAGCCUAAAUGACGAUCAGCUUCCGUGUUCUUUCCUUCACCAGAAAUUUGCAAUAAAAAAAGUAAAAUUUCCAAA